AUGAGCUUUCAAGGUGCGGACCUCCCGACGCUUCCUACGAUUCUUGUGCAGACGUUUCCACUAGAGGCGUACCUGCGGAACUUAAGUAAUCAGCUUCAAGAUAAACUCAACGCUAUCCAAGGUAACCUUGCCGCCCUUCAAGGAGAUGUGAGAGCAGGUGCUAGUUCCAUUAGCCAAAUGCGUGCUUUUCUGCGACAGCAAGCGCUAUCAACUCUAGAGGAAAAGAUCGCCGAGGCUGACGUUUCAUUUCCUGAGGGUUUCUCCCUAGAAUCAUUGCUUCCUGAGUUUCUACGUGAUGAUGUGAACUCAAAUAAUUUUGUUCCUAUUACUGGUAGUGGAGCUGGUAAUGCGUCUGUAGGAAGUCUUAAUGAGAGGCAAAUGGGUGGAUCUGUACGAACGCUACAGGGUCUCGUUGAGAAGAUUAACAAAGACCGUGCCUACCGUCUCCGCAAAGAGGAGGAUGAAGAGCGAAAGGCCCGGCAGCAAAACCUGGAGGCACGUAAACGGCUUGAGUUAAUGUGUGCUAGACUUGAAGAGUCACAGAGGCGGCAUAUGGAUGAAUUGGAGCGCAUUACCACAUGGCUGCGACCUGCGCCAUAUGAUGAUGGGGACGAGGACGAGCAGGUGGAAGAUGAUAGCAGCACCAACAGGGGGAAUACUAACAGUAGCAACGAAGAGAACAAGGACAAGAACGGAAAAACUCGUAGCAGCGUUGCAAGCAUACGACGAAGUGCUGAGAUGGCAAAGACACAGCGGGAACUGCACGAGGCGAUGCAUAGUGCCCCACUCUUCGUUGAGUUCAGGCGUUUGCUUCUGCGAGACCUCGCAGAUAGGUUGGCAGAGGCGAAGGAUCAACAGUCCAUGGCGCUAGGAAACACCAUGGUGGCGUUGCGAGAAGAACUGCAUCGGGAUGUGUGUCGCAACGGUAACAACAACAACAAUAAUAAUAAUAAUACCGUCAGUAUUACCAAUAGCAAUACCAACAACAGUGUUGCUGUCUCAGGGGAGGCAGAACGACGACUGAAGGGAAUUGAUCGCAAUUAUGUACAACGUAGCGAGUUAGUUGCGACGCUGAGGGACAAGGCAGAUAACCUCGCUGUGUCACAGAAGGCCGAUGAGACAUAUGUGCAAAACCUCGAGAAGAGAUUCCUCGAGCGUAUCACUAAUUUGGAGGAACGAUUGUCAAUCUACGAGGCUGAACGAAGGGAAUUUCGUCGCAUUUUACGGGCAGUAGUUGACACACAACAACGGAGGGAAGGGAAUAGCGGGAGUUGUAGUGCCGUUGCUGCGGCUGGCCUCCGGUCGCCAGUUGUGUCACCUAAUCUUCUUGUACUUGAAGAGGCUGUCGACCCGCGACGUGUGCGUGCGGGUGAAUUGCUCACCAGUGACGAGCCACAAAGGGCAUUAGUUACACCAUCAGGUCGGUCGAAGAAGUGCACCACAAGAUCGCCUUCCUCACCCUCAACAAACCACCGAGAGAAAAGGAAACAGAGAGAUCUUCAAGAGCAACAACAACAACAACAACAACAGCAAGAGAAACAGCAGGAACCUGUUUGGGAUGUUGGAGCGGAGGGCCUGAGAUCACCUCAGGUGGCGGUUGGUCUGACUGUAAAUCAGGAGGCGUAUGCCAAUUAUGUGACGAGUGAACUGAAUCGUCGUGCUGUUGAGGCACUCCCUCCAUUGCCGUAUGAACGGAACCGUCACUAA